CCGGCUCCCAGGCCCCAGUGAUCGCUCCUCUCCCGGCCCCUCCGACUGCUCCCGAGCGGCGGCUUCUGGGCGGCUCCAGAGCAACUUUGCGGUCGGCCCGGAGGCUCGAGAGUGUCGUGGGGCCGCGCGCGGCCCACUCGCGGGCCGGAUGGACUCCAGCGCCCCUCUGCUGGGCCCCUCCCACCCACAGACCCCGCCGGCACCGAAGCCCCAGGCCCGCUCCCGGCUCAAUGCCACUGCCUCAGUGGAGCAGGAGGGCAGCGAAGUGCCCCAAGCUCCCGGGCCCCAGGCUGGCCCCGGCCCAGAUGUGGGAGAUGCAGCUGCCCCAGCCGAGCCCCGGGCCCAGCGCGCCAGGAGCCGCGACAGAGCAACCGGGCCUGUAAAGGGAGAUGCGGGAAUCCCCUUUGAAGAAGUCCUGGAGAAGGCCAAGGCCGGGGACCCCAAGGCGCAGACGGAGGUGGGGAAACACUACCUGCAGUUAGCCAACGACGCAGAUGAAGAACUCAACAACUGCACUGCCGUGGACUGGCUGAUCGUGGCUGCAAAGCAGGGCCGGCGGGAGGCCGUCAAGCUGCUUCGCCGGUGCUUGGCGGACAGAAAAGGCAUCACAUCCGAGAACGAGCAGGAGGUGCGGCAGCUUUCCUCCGAGACCGACCUGGAGAGGGCCGUGCGCAAGGCAGCCCUGGUCAUGUACUGGAAACUCAACCCCAAGAAGAAGAAGCAGGUGGCCGUGUCAGAGCUGCUGGAGAACGUCGGUCAGGUCAAUGAGCAUGAUGGAGGGGCGCAGCCAGGCCCUGUCCCCAAGUCCCUGCAGAAACAGAGGCGGAUGCUGGAGCGCCUGGUCAGCAGUGAGUCCAAGAACUAUAUCGCACUGGACGACUUUGUGGAGGUCACCAAGAAGUAUGCUAAGGGCAUCAUCCCCACCAACCUGUUCCUGCAGGACGAUGACGACGAUGAGCUGGCAGGAAAGAGCCCCGAGGACCUGCCGCUGCGCCUGAGGGUGGUCAAGUACCCCCUGCACGCCAUCAUGGAGAUCAAAGAGUACCUGAUUGACGUGGCCUCCCGGGCGGGCAUGCACUGGCUGUCCACUAUCGUCCCCACGCACCACAUCAACGCUCUAAUCUUCUUCUUCAUCAUCAGCAACCUGACCAUCGACUUCUUCGCCUUCUUCAUCCCGCUGGUGGUCUUCUACCUGUCCUUCAUCUCCAUGGUGAUCUGCACCCUCAAAGUGUUCCAGGACAGCAAGGCCUGGGAGAACUUCCGCACCCUCACUGACCUGCUGCUGCGCUUCGAGCCCAACCUGGACGUGGAGCAGGCCGAGGUCAACUUCGGCUGGAACCACCUGGAGCCCUACGCCCACUUCCUGCUGUCCGUCUUCUUCGUCAUCUUCUCCUUCCCCCUGGCCAGCAAGGACUGCAUCCCCUGCUCGGAGCUGGCCGUCAUCGCCACCUUCUUCACCGUGACCAGCUACCUGAGCCUGAGCACCCACGCAGAGCCCUACACCCGCAGGGCCCUGGUCACCGAGGUGGCUGCUGGCCUGCUGUCCCUGCUGCCCUCUGUGCCCCUGGACGGGCACUAUGUGAAGAUCCUUGGCCAGACCUUCCUCACCGUGCCCAUCGGCCACCUGGUCGUCCUAAACAUCAGCGUCCCCUGCCUGCUGUAUGUCUACCUGCUCUACCUCUUCUUCCGCAUGGCCCAGCUGCGGAAUUUCAAGGGCACCUACUGCUACCUGGUGCCCUACCUGGUCUGCUUCAUGUGGUGCGAGCUCUCCGUGGUCAUCUUGCUGGAGUCCACUGGGCUGGGGCUGGUCCGAGCGUCCGUCGGCUACUUCCUCUUCCUCUUUGCCCUGCCCAUCCUGGUGGCCGGCCUGACCCUCGUGGGCGUGCUGCAGUUCGCCCGGUGGUUCGUGUCCCUGGAGCUCACCAAGAUCGCAGUCACCAUGGCUGUCUGCAGCAUCCCCCUGCUGGUCCGCUGGUGGACCAAGGCCAACUUCUCGGUGGUGGGGAUGGUGAAGUCCCUGACGCGGAGCUCCGUCGUCAAGCUGAUCCUGGUGUGGCUCACGGCCAUCAUGCUCUUCUGCUGGUUCUACGUGUACCGCUCGGAGGGCAUGAAGGUCUACAACUCCACGCUGACCUGGCAGCAGUAUGGCGCACUGUGCGGGCCGCGGGCCUGGAAGGAGACCAACAUGGCACGCACCCAGAUCCUCUGCAGCCACCUGGAGGGCCACAGGGUCACAUGGACGGGCCGCUUCAAGUAUGUCCGGGUGACCGAAAUCGACAACAGCGCCGAGUCAGCCAUCAACAUGCUGCCCUUCUUCAUCGGCGACUGGAUGCGCUGCCUCUAUGGCGAGGCCUACCCCGCCUGCAGCCCCGGCAACACCUCCACGGCCGAGGAGGAGCUCUGCCGCCUGAAGCUCCUGGCCAAGCACCCCUGCCACAUCAAGAGGUUCGACCGCUACAAGUUCGAGAUCACCGUGGGCAUGCCCUACAGCAGCGCCGCCAACGGCAGCCGCAGCCGGGAGGAGGACGACGUCACCAAGGACAUCGUGUUGCGGGCCAGCAGCGAGUUCAAGAGCGUGCUGCUCAACCUGCGCCAGGGCAGCCUCAUCGAGUUCAGCACCAUCCUCGAGGGCCGCCUGGGUAGCAAGUGGCCCGUCUUCGAGCUCAAGGCCAUCAGCUGUCUCAACUGCAUGGCCCAGCUCUCACCAGCCAAGCGGCACGUGAAGAUCGAGCGCGACUGGCGCAGCACUGUGCACGGCGCCGUCAAGUUCGCCUUUGACUUCUUCUUCUUCCCGUUCCUGUCGGCAGCGUGAGGACGCGUCCACUGGCCGGAGGGGGUCCCGGUGCAUGCUGCUGUGAGGACUUCCCCAGUGUGGCCCCAGCCAGAUGGGAGCACGCUGAUGCUGUGUGUGUGCGUGUGCUCGAGUGUGCAGACCCAGGGCUUCCGAGACCUUUGCUUGUGCAUGGACUGCUCAGACCCCACCAGUGAAGGGUGACACCGUUUAGCCGUCCACUCUGGACACCAGGCGUGGCUGGGAAGUGCAUGCCGUGCCCACCCCAACCCCAAGCUUUACGAGUGAAGCAGGCGUGCCAGGCUAGACUAGAAAGAUCCCUGCGUCCCGAAAAGCACUUUACAAACAAGUUUCUCCCUCCUUCCCCCAACCUCUACGCACUCUGCUGUCCCUGUUUACUUCUGUGUUGGAUUGUUUUUUUAAGAACCAAAUAUGCGUCUGUGUAAACUGCACAGCAGCAUUUCUUGUUUCUUUGGUCACUGCCAAGCCUUGACAACUGUUGGCCUUUCCUGGGGGAUGUGCACAGCUGCCCGAGCCUGUCACAUGGUCAAGGCCUGGCCCGAUCCUGCCAGUUGGAGGCUGGGUGAGGGGGCUCUGGGCAGAGUGUGUCCGAGCUGAGCUCUGGCACCGCAGGCUGUCUCGGGGCCUCCUCUGCAGUGGGCAGGGGUGAGUUUGUGAGGGUCUUGCCUGAAUCCACCAGGACUCGGGAAACAACCCUGGGGCGUCCUGUCCAGCACGCGGAGGAGCCUACGUGUUCCGUGCCAUAGAGCAGAAAGUCCUAAAGUGGUUGAAAUAAAAGCCUCUGGUGAAAUCU